AGCUCAAAAACAAACAUGGAGGCAGAAGCAGAGGAACAAAAGAGAGCUGGAGCAGAGGACAUGGAGAAGGAGAAAAGGAGAGGAGGAGGAACUGGGCCCUGGAGGGAAGAGGAGGUGAAGGCUCUGCUCUCGGUGUGGCCUGAUAGGGGAGCACGGGCCGGGGCCGAGGCAGAAGGCCACAGCCACAGCAACAGCAGGGCAGACUGGGAGAGGAUGUCAAGCCGGCUGCGUGAGCUGGGCGUGCAACGGAGCUGGGUCGAGUGUCAGGCCCAGUGCAGAAGCCUGGGCGUUCAAACCCGCCGGGCCCAACACACAGCACCAGCAGCAGCACCAGCGCCAGCAGCAGCCGCCUUCAGCUCAGCCACCAUGGGUGACCAGCGCCUGGCCAGAGGCCCAUACCACAUGGGGGAGGAAAACGGCUUGGCCAAUCAGAGAGGCCCUUCCACUGUGGUCACUCUACAGGAAGACGGUAAGGGCUUAGUGCAAGUGAGCGCUCCCUAUGUGACGUACACGGGCUCCGAGGGCGGGCGCCACUGGUCCGACGACGAGGUGCGAGCCCUGCUCUUCAUCUGGGCCGACCGCCACGUGCAGCAGCAGCUCCAGCGGACCCUGCGCAACAAGGCCAUCUUCCAGGAGAUGGCGCGCCGGCUGCAGCGGCAGUACGGCGUGGUGCGCGACUGGAAGCAGUGCCGCACCAAAUACAAGAACCUCAAGUACGAGUACAAAAUCACCAAGAGCGCGCAGGCCGCCGGGGUGGCGACCGCCAGCCAGGCCAGGGCCAUGAGGUUCUUCGGCGAAGUGGAGGCCAUUCUGCAGGGCAGAGAGCUGGACGCGGCGGAAGAGGAGGACCGAGACGAGGAGGAAGACGAGGAGGAGAGGCUCGGUGGGGUCGCAGAGAGGAAUAUGACCUCGCAAAUCAGAGCACCCGAUGGAGAUCAGGUCAUCAAGAUCGAUGAUGAUGAAAUUCCAGAAGAGAUGGGUCAAGUCUCAAUGAACUCCAGUCCUUCAACACCUUCAAAAGUCUCUGGGAGAGGUCAGAGUUCACUCAGGUCACCUCAGCACUCACUCAUAUGCCCCUCUCCCUCAGGGAUCCUCACGUCGCCGCUGAGCAUGGCCGGUUCCGACCAGUUCAACGUGAUCACGGUGCACGACUCGGGCCGCAACUGGAGCGAGGAGGAGGUGGACAAGCUGAUCGGCAUCUGGUCCGAGGAUGGCAUCCGUCGCCAGCUGGAGAACUCCACCCGCAACAAGAACAUCUUCGUGCAGAUCUCCCGCCGCCUGUUACAGCAGGGCGUGGAGAGGGACUGGAAGCAGUGCCGCACCAAGUACAAGAACCUCAAGUACCUCUACCGGUCCCUGCAGAGGGGAAAGGCGGACAUAGGGGACCCGCGGCGCAUCAUGAAGUAUUACGACCAGCUGGACACCAUUUUGAGCAGAUCUGCCAACAGCUCGGACAUGGGCUACAUGGAGCCGUUUGAGUCUGGCGCAGCGCUCAGGAGUUCCAGACUCUACCCGGCGGCCGGUUUUGAUGAGCAGGACCCAGCUAGUCCGGAUCCAAAUAGCUCGAGGGACUUUGCUGUAGUUGGAUUCGAACCGCAUAUGAUGGUGGAGAAUAUCCUGAGAGGCUCUGAGAGCAUCAGUGCAGUGGGGUUGGAGCAGCGGGAGGAAGCGGACGCCAUCAUCAGGAUGCUUCCCAAAGCCUACCUGGACACUCCCCUCACAGAGGACAGACUAGCCUUGCAUAAUGAACACCCAACCUACAAGUCCAUGAGAGAUGUCACCGAGUCUACGUCUACACGGACAGACCACGUGCCUCCGAGCCGGACAAGGAAGAGGAAGGCUACUGAUGAAGACUAUGUGACUCUCAAACGUCUCCAGCGAGACUUGGACGACGGGAAUGGCAGCACCGAAUGGUCUGGGAAUGUAGACUUUCAAUGCAAAGAGGAACAGGAUCAAUACAUUCCAAUCAUUGAAAUCAGCUCUGUUUGUUCCAUGGCCACACCAUCCCCAGCUCAGGAACACAGAUACACAUCAGAUAUGGCGUCCUCCACCUCAGAGUUGAAACUCGGCAAGAAACUGAACGAGGGUAAGACCAAGCAGAUCUUUGAGCUCUCGGACGAGCCUGGUCAUGUUUUGGUGCAGUCGAUGGACCAGAUCACGGCGGGGAACGCGGUUAGAAAGGAUCAGAUGGAGGGGAAGGCUGCCAUAGCCAACAGGACGACCAGCUGCGUGUUCAAACUGCUGCAUGGGGCAGGCAUCAAGACGGCCUUUCUGCGGCAGCACUCAGAAACGGCGUUUGUGGCCACCCACUGUGAGAUGAUCCCCAUAGAGUGGGUGUGCCGAAGGGUCGCCACCGGCUCCUUCCUCAAGAGGAACCCAGGGGUGAAGGAGGGCUACCGGUUCUCCCCUCUCAAGAUGGAGAUGUUCUUUAAGGACGAUGCCAACAACGACCCCCAGUGGUCAGAGGAGCAACUGCUGACGGCUGACUUCAAACUGGCCGGCCUGGCCAUCGGCCGCUGUGAGGUGGACAUCAUGAACCGCAGCACGGUGGCCAUCUUUGAGAUCUUGGAGAAGGCCUGGGCCACUCAGAACUGCACCCUGGUGGACAUGAAGAUCGAGUUUGGCGUGAAUGUGACCACCAAGGAGAUUGUGCUGGCUGAUGUGAUCGACAACGACUCCUGGAGGCUGUGGCCGGCUGGGGACAGGAGCCAGCAGAAGGACAAGCAGGUGUACCGUGACCUGAAGGAGGUGACUCCCGAGGCCAUGCAGAUGGUCAAGAGGAACUUUGAGUGGGUCGCUGAGCGAGUGCAGCUUCUUCUGGAGCCUGAGGCUUCUGGACGGGUGGUGGUCCUGAUGGGCUCGACCUCAGACAUAGCUCACUGUGAGAAGAUCCGCAAGGCCUGCGGGUCCUACGGGAUCCCCUGCAUCCUCAGGGUCACAUCGGCACACAAAGGCCCGGAUGAGACUCUCCGCAUCAAGGCUGAGUAUGAAGGGGACGGCGUGCCAACUGUGUUUGUGGCGGUGGCAGGCAGGAGCAACGGCCUGGGCCCCGUGAUGUCCGGCAACACAGCCUACCCAGUCAUCAACUGCCCACCCAUCACCCCAGACUGGGGGGCCCAGGAUGUGUGGUCCUCCCUCCGCAUGCCCAGCGGACUGGGUUGCUCCACGAUCCUCUCCCCAGAUGCCGCGGCCCAGUUCGCCGCUCAGAUCUUCGGCCUGACCAACCACCUGGUGUGGAGCAAGCUGCGUGCUUCCAUGCUCAACACCUGGACUGCUCUGAAACAGGCAGACAAGAAGCUCCAGGCCUGCAGCCUUUAAACAUUCAGUCAUUGGUUUUGGUUUUGUACGUUUCUAUUGCCAUUCCAGUCCCCAUGAUCCUUACUUGCCUUGAACCAUCGAUAACUCUUCCUAGUUAAGCUGUUCUAAGCUGUAGCAUUGCUAACACAACACAUUCAUUUGAGUAAAACACUAAAAUAUA